CGCACCCAAGGACUAGCUAAGCCAACUCACACUAAGGUGCAGCUUACCAAAGAGGCUUGCACUGCAAUCACACUACAACACCACAAAGCUUCUCAAAGUUUUCGGAAAGCUCUCAAGGACACAUGGCAGGUCCUAGAUGAUGCUGCUAUCAAGAUUGCUUUGGAUCACAAGAAAAGUGUCCAUCGAGUGCAAAAUGAAUUGCAUAUGGGACACUCACUCUUGCACUUGAAGCAUUCCAAGGUCAGCGCAUGGAACUCUUUCCUAUGGAAGAAAGGCCAAGACGGCAACAAAGAGAACUAUGUACUUGAAGGGAUCAUGAAGGACUUUAAAGAUGAGUACAAUAGCCUCAUCAAGGAGGAGAAAGCAAAUCUUGUUGAGGAGUACAAAGAAUACAAAGCUACCAAGACUACUGGGCAACACAUUUCAACUAAGUCGAAAAUCAACAAUGUCACUAACACUCUCAAGAUUGUUGAAAAUGAGCUCAAUAAUCUCUGCUCUCGUACUGGAGCAGAGACAAUUAUGUAUAUGGCCCAAGGAACCACCGACCUUCCGCUAUGUGGUUCUCAAUUUGUGACUGAAGGUGUGCAAAGCUUCAUGGAAUCUGUGAUGGGCAUCAAUAAUCAAGACCUAGUCAGCAAGCUGGAAGGUUUUGCGAUACAAGGCAUGACAGGGGCAGCAAAGAAUCAUCAGCAGCGCAUGGCUGAAGUAUGUGCCAUCAUCCGCUCUGAAAUUAAUAAAGCCCUCCAUGAGUCUCCAGAGACCAUUGCCAAAGAUCCAGAUGCCAAGAUGCAAUGGGCACAAUAUUGGCGUAACAUUGUCAAACGGUACUCUGUAAUCAUUGAGGGCUGGCCAGAGCAAAUUCCAUUUGCAAAUCUCAGUGCAGUCUCUAACUCCCUUCCUGAAUUUGAGAUGCUUCUAAGGAAGUGGCAGUCUGGGGCCAUCUAUUGGAAGUGCCUUACUCCAGAAGAAUUGGAGCACAUGGACAAGGAA